AUGUGGAUACCCAUCACCUGCGCUGCGGCGAUGCUCACCCUCCUGGUCCAGGCCGGCCCGGCUACGAUGCCCCCGCUGAGCCCAGACAAGGCCUCCAUCUUCGCUGACUUGAGCCCCGCGGAGCUCCGGGCGGUCCGGACGUUCCUGAUGAGCCGCCCGGAACUGGGUCUCCAGCCCAGCAAGGGGGGCACCCUGGCCAAAAACAGCCUCUUCCUGAUCGAAAUGCUGCCCCCCAAAAAGAGCCAGGCCUUGUGCUACCUGGCCUCCGGCGCGCAGGCCCCGCGCCGACGGGCCCGGGCGGUGGUCUUCUUCGGCGCCGGGCCCCAGCCCAACGUCACCGAGUACGUGGUGGGCCCGCUGCCCGUGCCCACGUUCUACCGGCCCUCGGGCCGGCCGGCGGCCUUCUCCGCCAGGCCCAUGAGCCAGCUGGAGUACCAGCUGCUCUUCGACAAGCUGGUGGACCUCCUGGCCCCCUUGACCCAGCUCCUGACCGACGUCUCCGGCUUCGGCCUCCGGGACUGCGGCCAGCGCUGCCUGACCUUCACCGACAUCGCCCCGCGGGGCCUCGCCUCCGGCGAACGGCGGACCUGGAUCAUCCUGCAGCGCGCCGUCGAGGGCUUCUUCCUCCACCCGGUGGGGCUGGAAGUCCUCAUCAACCACCGGCACCUGGACCCCACCCGCUGGUCCAUCGAGAAGGUCUGGUACAACGGGAAGUAUUUCGACACGCCGCAGGAACUGGCGCGGCAGUACGCCCAGGGCAAGGUGCCCGCCGUCAAGCUGGUGCCUUACCCGGAGCAGACCCUCUUCUCCAGCUUCGUGCCGCGCGGGAAGUUCGGCGGGGAGCCCCCGACCAACACCCACGGCGCCAAGGUGUGCGAGCCGCAGGGACGCCAGUACUCGGUGAGCGGGAACCUGGUGAAGUACGCCGGGUGGAGCCUGGCUUUCCGCCUGCGCACCUCCACCGGCCUGCAGCUCUUCGACGUGCGGUUCAACGGCGAGCGGGUGGCCUACGAGCUGAGUGUGCAGGAGGCCAUCGCCUUCUACGGCGGCAACUCGCCGGCCGCCAUGCAGACCAAGUACAUCGACGUGGGCUGGGGCAUGGGCAGCGUCACCCACGAACUGGCGCCGGGCAUUGACUGUCCGGAAUCGGCAACCUUCCUGGACGCGUACCACCACUACGACGCCGACGGGCCGGUCCGCUAUCCCCGGGCCAUCUGCGUCUUCGAGCUGCCCACCGGCGUGCCCCUGCGGCGCCACUUCGACAGCAACUUCCAGGGGGGGUCCACCUUCUACGCCGGGCUGGAGGGUCACGCCCUGGUGAUCCGGGCCACUUCCACCGUCUACAACUACGACUACAUUUGGGACUUCCUGCUCUUCCCAAACGGAGUCCUGGAGACCAAGGUCCACGCCACGGGCUACGUCCACACCUCCUUCUACACGCCGGAGGGGCUCGCCUACGGCACCCGUCUCCACACGCACUUGCUGGGCAACAUCCACACCCACCUGGUGCACUACAAGGUUGACCUGGAUGUUGCAGGGACGGCCAACAGCUUCGAGACGGUGGACAUCGCCUUUGAGAACAUCUCCCUCCCCUGGGAACCGAGCCACCGGCUGGUGCAGCCCCGGUUGAAGCCCGAGCCGCGCCUGCGGGAACGCCAGGCGGCCUUCCCCAUCGGCAAACCCCUGCCUCGCUACUUCCUGUUUACCAACCCGAGCCAGAAGAACCGCUGGGAUCACCUGCGCAGCUACCGCCUCCAGCUCAACUCCCACGCCGGCCUGGUCCUGCCUCGGAAAUGGAAGGAAGAGAACGGGGUCACCUGGAGCAGGUACCACUUGGCUGUGACACAGCAGCACGAGAACGAAGGCGUCAGCAGCAGCUUGUACAUCCAGAACGAUCCCUGGAAUCCCAGCGUGAGCUUUGAAAACUUUCUCCGGAAGGACGAGAGCAUCGACAAGCAGGACCUGGUGGCCUGGGUGACGGUGGGCUUCCUCCACAUCCCCCAUUCGGAAGACAUCCCCAACACGGCCACCCCCGGCAACAUGGUGGGCUUCCUGCUGCGCCCCUUCAACUUCUUCGACGAAGACCCCUCGGUGGCAUCCCGUCGCACGGUCAUCGUGCGUCCCGGAGAGGCCGGGAGCCGGGAUGGCGUGCGAAUUCAGCGCUGGACGCCGGAGAGCCCCGGGCAGUGCGUGACGAAAGAGCCCUUCAGCUACAACGGCACGUACCGCCCGAUCUAG